AUGUUCUGUAAAAGUAUCUUGAAAAACAGAGCCUUCACCUCUUCAGCUAACAGAUUCUUAGUCUAGGGGGCAAAUAGAUAAUUCGGAGCAAUGGAUCUGAUUAACUAUGAUUUGUUUGAUCAUAAAUUCACAAAUGAUAUGGAGUUCAGAAGCUCCUUCGACAAACUGAAGUGCUUUAGAGUCUUAGAUGAAGAGGGUAAUGUUAUCAACAAAGACUAUGAAGGAUCUAUUGAUGAUUAAACUCUUCAAAAGAUGUUCAAGACUAUGGUUAUGAUGAACGAAGCGGAUGUUGUGUUCAAUCAAGCUCAAAGACAAAGCAGAAUUUCCUUCUAUAUGACAUAAUUAGGAGAAGAGGCAGCAGGAGUUGGAUCAGCUGCUGGAAUUAAGGAUCAUGAUUUGAUUUUCCCACAAUAUCGUGAAGCAGGAGCAUUCUUAUGGAGAGGUUUCUCUAUCUAAUAAAUGGCUCAUCAAUUGACUGGAAAUGUUCACGACUUCGGGAAAGGCAGACAAAUGCCAGUUCAUUAUGGUUCAAAUAAGCAUAAUAUUGUUACUGUAUCAUCUCCUCUGUGUACUUAAGUCCCAUAAGCUUCAGGGGCAGGUUACUAAUUCAGAAUUUCAGGUCAAGAUAGAAUUGCAGUCACCUACUUCGGAGAAGGAGCAGCAUCAGAAGGAGAUUUCCAUUCAGCUUUAAACUUUGCAGCAACACUCAGAGCCCAGACUAUGUUUUUCUGUAGAAAUAACAUGUAUGCCAUUUCAACUCCAAUUGAUGACUAAUAUGCUGGAGAUGGAAUCGCUGUAAGAGGUAUUGCUUAUGGCAUGCCAACUAUUAGAGUUGAUGGAAAUGAUAUCUUUGCCAUCUACAAUGCUUGCAAGAAAGGGAGAGAGAUGAUUAUUAAAGAAAAGAGACCAGUUCUAAUUGAAGCAAUUUCUUAUAGAGUAGGUGAUCACUCCACCAGUGACUUUUCAUAAAGAUACAGAGAUGAAAAGGAAAUGCUAAAAUGGAAAGAACUUUUGAGCAAAUUCAAAAGUCCAAUCCAUAGAUUAGAAAACUAUCUUCUCAAGAGAGGACUAGUCAAGCCAGAGGAUUCAAAGUAAUACAGACUAGAGGCCUUAAACCAAGUAAGAGAUGCAUUAAAGAAUGCUAAUGAUUAAAAAAAGCCAUCAAUUGAUGAUAUGUUCAACGAUGUUUAUGACACUGUCAUGCCUCACUUAGAAGACCAGAGAAAGCAGUUAAAGGAGCAUCUUAAAAAGUACGGAGAAAAAUACAACUUAGACACCUUCUAGGGUGGCAAUGCCUUUGCCAAUAGCUGA